CAAUAUUUAUAAUUUCACAUGAGUGUCCCAACAUAAUUAACCAGUUCAGUUUCAAUCCAAUUCCAAUUUUCCAAUAAUAGGGUGCAGAUGAUGCCUGCGACCCUUCUCCUCCUUCUCCUCCUCUCGGUGCCGCUUCUCUCCUCCGCCUCCUCCGCCGCUGCACCGUCAGCAUACGAGGCGCUAGCAGGUUUCAACUUCCCGGCGGGCCUUCUCCCCAAAGGAGUAACAGCCUACGAACUCGACGAAUCCACCGGCAAAUUCCGCGCAGAUCUGAACGGUUCCUGCAGCUUCACCCUCGAGGGUUCAUACCAGUUGAGCUACAAUUCAACCAUCACCGGCCGCAUAUCGGACAACAGGCUCACCGAUCUGAGGGGAAUCAGCGUCAAGGUCCUCUUUUUCUGGCUCAACAUUCUCGAGGUGGUUCGGAGCUCCGAUCAACUCGAUUUCUCCGUCGGUAUCUCCUCUGCAUCUUUUCCCUUAGAUAGCUUUUUCGUUUCCCCCAUGUGUGGUUGUGGAUUGGACUGCGAUUUGAUUCGAAUUAGGAAAUUCAAAUCGGAUAGAAACCCUUCUCUUUCCUCUUUCUAGAAGGAAAAAAAAACUGUAUAUCAAUUUCAAUUAUAUGAUUCUGUUAUGUUGUUCAGUGCUGCAGGGUGCUUCUUCACUAUAUAGUCUGAGAUGUCAUUGUAAUGUUUAGUACAAUGUUCAUUGUUAGUUAUAAGUUAGGGAUAUACUUUGUGUAAUUUAGUACCCCUUUGUUUGUUGUCUCUUGUUGUUGUAUGUUGAUUCAAGCAUGUAAGAUAAUAUAUUUGUGCCAGUUUUGUUUCAUGGUA